AUGCUUUUCUCUCACAUUGAGACGCCCCUCACGGGCAAGUAUGAGCAACCGACUGGACUCUUCAUCAACAACCAGUUCGUUUCUGGCGUUGAUAAGCAAACCUUCGAUACCAUUAACCCCGCCACCGAAGAGGUCAUUUGCGCCGUGCAAGAGGCAACCGAGAAGGAUGUGGACCAUGCUGUAGAGGCCGCUCGCAAGGCCUUUGAGGGAGAAUGGAGCAAGGUCACCCCCGAGAACCGCGGUCGCCUACUCACAAGACUUGCGGACCUGUUCUUGGAGAACAUUGACAUCUUGGCCGCGAUUGAGUCCCUCGACAAUGGCAAGGCCAUUUCCAUGUCCAAGGCUGACGUCACUGGCGCUGCUGGCUGUCUGCGCUUCUACGGUGGUUUCGCCGACAAGAUUGAGGGCCGAACAAUUGAGACUGUUCCGGAGACAUUUAACUACACUCGCAAGGAGCCGCUCGGUGUCGUUGGUCAGAUUAUCCCCUGGAACUUCCCUCUGCAAAUGUGGGCCUGGAAGAUUGGUCCCGCCAUCUGCUGCGGUAACACUGUUGUAAUCAAGUCUGCUGAGCAGACUCCUCUCUCUGCGCUCAUGGCUGCCAAGCUUGUCCGUGACGCUGGUUUCCCCGCUGGUGUCAUCAAUGUCCUUUCUGGUUUCGGAAAGACUGCCGGUGCUGCUAUUGCAUCGCACAUGGACAUUGACAAGGUCGCUUUCACUGGAUCCACUGCCAUUGGCCGUACCGUCAUGAAGGCUGCCGCCAACUCCAACUUGAAGCUCUGCACUCUCGAGCUGGGUGGCAAGAGCCCGAACAUUGUUUUCAACGAUGCCGAUAUUGACAAUGCCAUCUCAUGGGUCAACUUUGGUAUCUACUUCAACCACGGCCAGUGCUGCUGUGCUGGUUCCCGUGUCUACGUGCAGGAGGGCAUCUACGACAAGUUCCUUGCUCGUUUCAAGGAGCGUGCCGAGGCCAACAAGCUUGGUGACCCCUUCCACCCGGACACCUUCCAGGGCCCUCAGGUGUCGCAGCUCCAGUUUGACCGCAUCAUGGGCUACAUUGAGGCAGGCAAGAAGGAGGGUGCUACUGUCGUUACUGGUGGUGAGCGAUGGGGCACUCAGGGCUACUUUAUCAAGCCUACCAUCUUCAGCGACGUCACUCCGGAGAUGUCGAUUACCCGCGAGGAAAUUUUCGGCCCCGUCUGCACUAUCAGCAAGUUCAAGACGGAAGAGGAGGCGAUCAAGCUGGGCAACGACACCAUGUACGGUUUGGCUGGUGCCGUGCACACCAGAGACUUGAACACUGCUAUCCGUGUGUCGAAUGCGCUCCGUGCAGGCACCGUCUGGGUGAACCAGUACAAUGCUCUCCACCACCAGCUUCCAUUUGGUGGCUACAAGCAGUCUGGAAUUGGCCGUGAGCUCGGCGAGGCUGCGCUCGAGCACUACAGCCAGACCAAGACGGUGGCUAUUCGCUUUGGCGAUGCUCCUUUCGCAUAG